GUGACUUCUACCAUGGCAUACCGCGGCCAGGGCCAGAAGGUGCAGAAGGUGAUGGUGCAGCCCAUCAACCUCAUCUUCAGAUACUUGCAAAAUAGGUCUCGGAUUCAGGUCUGGCUGAAUGAGCAAGUGAAUAUACAGAUAGAGGGUUGUAUUGUUGGCUUUGAUGAGUACAUGAACCUCGUAUUAGAUGAUGCAGAAGAAAUUCACUCUAAAACAAAGUCAAGGAAACAACUGGGUCGGAUCAUGCUGAAAGGAGACAAUAUUACUCUGCUCCAGAGUGUUUCCAACUAGAACCUGGCAAGC